GCGGUGGAGAAGCACCACAGAUAUAUCUUUUUCAUGGACCCUACGGAGAAGCCUUUAGUAUUCAAAGCGUCGUUUGCACCUCUGGACAGCACCGAGAAGACCCUCAAGAAAGAUGUGGAGAGCAUAUUGUGUGAAGACUGCGCAUCAGCUCCGAAGGUGAAGUCCAUGGAUUCUCAGUGGCUCCUGGAAGGUAAAAAGCUGACACUCAAGUGUGAAGCUGUGGGCAACCCGAGCCCCUCCUUCAACUGGUACAAAGACGGCAGCCAGCUCCGCAAGAGGAAAGACGUCAAAAUCAAAUCCAACAAGAAAAACUCAAAGCUUCACAUCAGCAGAGUGAGACUGGAGGAUUCUGGGAACUACACCUGUGUGGCGGAGAACUCGCUGGGCAGAGAAAACGCCACCAGCUACGUCAGCGUCCAAAGCAUAACCACUACAUUGUCUCCGAGCUCAAGUCAUGCCAGGAAGUGCAAUGAAACCGAGAAGACAUACUGCGUUAACGGUGGAGACUGUUAUUUCAUACAUGGUAUAAAUCAGCUGUCCUGCAAGUGUCCAAAUGACUAUACCGGUGAACGCUGUCAAACCUCCGUUAUGGCCGGUUUCUACAAGGCUGAGGAGCUGUACCAAAAACGUGUGCUGACGAUAACGGGCAUCUGCGUGGCACUGCUGGUGGUUGGCAUCGUGUGUGUGGUGGCAUACUGCAAAACCAAGAAACAAAGGAAGAAGAUGCAUAACCACCUGCACCAGAACAUGUGUGCGGAGCAUCCGAACCGCAUGCUGGCCAACGGACCCAACCAUCCCGGCCCCGGUCCUGAGGAAAUCCCCAUGGUGGAUUAUAUAUCUAAGAAUGUCCCAGCAACUGAGCGAGUAGUACGACACGGAACAGAGACAUCAGGCAAUUUUUCGGGCAGCCGAAUGUCAUCACGAUCCCACCACACCUCCACAGCUUCUCACGCUUCCAGUCACCGGCACGAGGAGCGCACAUGGAGUAUGGAGCGGACGGACAGCAUACAUUCUGACUGCCAGUCGGGGGCACUCUCUUCCUCUGUUGGCACCAGUAAAUGCAGCAGCCCAGCGUGUAUGGAGGCCCGGGCCCGCCGAGCAGCAUACUGUGGGUAUCCUGACACUACACAGUGCCCCCUACAGUACGGAGACUCUUACGACUCCCUGCGGGACUCACCUCACAGUGACAGGUACGUGUCUGCUCUGACCACACCGGCGCGUCUAUCUCCGGUGGACUUUCACUCCUCACUGCCCCCGCAGGUGCCUACCUUUCAGAUCACCACGCCCAACGCCAGCCACGCCCUCUCCCUGCCACCCGCCGCUUCGGCCAUCGCCAUGGCAGCCUACUCGCCCGACGACGACCAGCCCCUCCUGCACCGCUACCGACGAUCCCGACGCCCGUAUUACGCGGCAGAGAGCACGGGCUCCCUUCCGUCCAGCCCGUACCGCUUCGUGGACGACGAGGAUUACGAGACCACGCAGGAGUACAUGUCCCCCCGAGAGCAGCCGAAGAAGAGCAGCAGCGGCCGCCGUUGGCGCAGGAGGUCGCGGGUCAACGGCCACGUGUCGCAGCGCACGCCGGGCCCCAGGAACUACAGCUCUCAAAGCUGCCUGUCAGACAGCGAGUGGGAGGACGAUGAGGUCGGCGACCUCGGCCACGGCGAGAGCACGCCGUUUCUCAGUAUGCAGAACAUGAAUGCCACCGAACCGGCCACCAUCUACCGACCCAACGACACACGGACUUUCACCAACACGGGACGCUCGGGCUCCCGGGGAAACGUGCAGGCCAACAAACUGUCGCAGUCACGGUCCAGACCGGACAAUACACCCCUUUAAAAAAGAACGACGAGAGCAAGGACGAACGAACUUGCGUAGGCGCGAAAAAACAAAUGAUAUGCUAUAGACCUGCACCUAUGAGAAAUAUUUUUUAUUUUAUAUAACAGACAGAUAUUCUAAACAAAUGAAAUAUUUAUUUUCAUUGCAGCAAAAAUUGUCUACUAGCUAGCAGCAAAGACUUUUUUUAUAGGGGGAAAACUAUUUAUAUGUAAUUCCUUUUUUUGAUUUACAGCAUUACGAAGAAGAAUUACGUGCCAAUUUUUUCACGAGUUAGAAAUAGAAUAAUAUUGUGGUGCCUUUUGCUGUUUGCCGACGAGGGAGGUUCAGUUUAAUUUUUGUAGCCUUUCUUAAAAACAGACUCUUGGGUUUUAUAGACAUGUUUUUCUGUUUUUUUUUCUUUCGUUUGUUUCGUUUGUUCAGGAUCUCCCCAUUUGAACUGUGAUAUUAUUCAGACACCAUGCAAUAUCGAAUCACUUCUGUGUAAGGUGUUUGUUUACAUGACUAGGAUUCACGCGCACACAUAACCGACGUUUUCCUUUCUCUCAACUGGUUGUCGCAUAUUGUUUCCAUUGAAACAGAGGUACGCAGGAGUUCACAGGGCAUGACGCUGGGUCGCAGAACCGGCCCUGGUGUUCAGGGUUUUCAAAACGGUGGUCUGUGCGUCCAAUGAAUGCGUUUACACUUCUGUCCGUGUGCGUGAGAGUAUCGUUGAACCUCAGUGUAUACGCACGUGUCUUUGUGUACGCAGUUUCGUGCGAGAACGCGUUUCGUUCGCGUUGUGUUCGUCUUCAGGUUAGCGUUUCGAGCGCGUGUGCGUGCUGUGAGUUUCGACGUGCGCCUGUGUGUGUAUACGUAUGCUUGUACUCUUUUUAGGAUGUUGGCUUUGUCGAAAGGGAGCUCUGGGUUAACGCUAAAGGGUUAAACCAGACCCCCUAGUGGUGACACGAGCUCAUUGCACUGUAACCUUCCUUCUUUGUGUAGUCAUUGGCCUGCGGAGGAACCAAUCCAGCCUGAUUCUAGCCUAUACGGACCUACAUCUCUCCCCCACACGUUCCCAUUCCUAUGCCAGCAGCUUUAAGCCGCACUGUGUCUCAGGACUUUUCAUCGAAAACUGCAUUGCCCAUAAAACAGAUCCAUUACUGCCCGUCGUGUCUGCGUCAUGCUGGAAAGACGAUGAAGAACGAUACGACCAGAUGUGUUUAUCUGCGAAUGUUAUCUCCAUGUUUUGUUGGCUUUCCUUCGUUUUGUUUCAGUGGGGUCGUUCCCAGUCCACGCUCUCUUUUUUUGACACAUCUGUAUGCAAGUUUGGAGACUUGCUCGAAGCAUGUUCGGCUACUAGACGUGCUAUUUUAGGUGGAUUCUAAAGUGUAAACCCCUACUUCCAGAGCCCAGCAAACUACAACUACAUUAGAAAAGACAAACCCGCCACCCACACACUUACACUUAGACACACAUGCAGAUGCACACACUUACACACACACACAUAUACACAUGCUCAAGAUUCAUUCUGUGUGCACAGUCGUUUAUAGCACUGCUCGUCUCACCGAUUGAUUUUCUUCCUGUCUUUCUCUCUCUGUUUCUUCUGUUCUUCCUCUCCGCCUGUGAAGGCGUCCCCCCCUCUGCAUGUUCUAGUGGUUCAGAUAGAUGGGUGCAUGGUAACCGCAGCAACUGAGUCGUAUUCACACGGUGAAAGUGUAGUUUUCAUUUGACAUUCAGCAAUAAAUCCCCUUUUUUCAUGUUCAUCCUUGACUUGGA